ACUGUAGACCUUCUGAAAGCAAUCCUGAAUGUUACAUAUGCCUGGGAAGAACCGGUGAAACACCUGCUGCCUGCAGUGACUGCUCUUCCAGGAGUUUCUGAGAACAUGAUGAAAAGAGCCGUCGAUGUGAAGGGCAAAAUUCAUAUUCUUGCAGAGGGAAUUGAGACCAUACUCAACAGGACUGAGACUGAGCCUGGAUUUGAUGGAAAUGAUUACCCUGCCUGGACUGGACUGGAAGACCUGAAAUCAUCUGAUGAAGACACUCGCCUUUUCACCAUUUAUAACCUGUGCCGCUGCCUGAGGAGGGAUACACACAAGGUGGACAGUUACCUCAAGGUCUUGAGGUGCAGAGUUGUCUUUAAGAAUGAAUGCUUCUAG